AUGAAGACACUUGCAAUUCUGGCCUCCGCAUUGUUUGCGGCCCAGAGCGGCUGUUCUCAAGAAGAUGUGUCCUUUCUCGAUUCUCUGGGCUCAAGCUUCGGUAUUGCGGGUAAUGCAGCUUUUGACUAUGUUGUCGUCGGUGCUGGUACCUCGGGCUCCACCAUUGCUGCUCGCUUAGCUGAGGAUUCGGAUAUCACUGUCGCUGUGGUCGAGGCUGGCGGCUUCUACCAGAUCGAGAAUGGCAACCGAAGUGUCGUUCCAGGAUAUUCGGUCUUCAAUUUUGACAUACUCAGUGCUCCUGUCACUGACUGGGGGAUUAUAUCAAGCCCUCAGUCAGGACUGAAUGAUCGUCAGGUUCAAUACUCCAGAGGCCAGGCUUUUGGCGGCUCUUCUGCCAUCAACUUUUUGGUUUUUCACAGGCCAACUCGGGGUUCGAUGGACUUAUGGGCAGAGGAAGUCGGCGAUGACAGCUACAAGUGGGAUACUGUGCUGCCCUACUUCAAGAAAUCCGCCACGUUCACACCACCGGACCCUGCGACGUUUCCGGCGAAUGCCACACCAUCGUUCAACGAGUCAGCGUUCGAUAACUCUCUGGGAGGUCCGCUUCAGAUCUCAUAUGGCGGCUACACGCCAGAGGCCCUUGUGCCAUUUUUGAAUGGAUUCAACGAUAUCGGCAUUGGCCCGGCUGAAGACUUCAACUCCGGAGAUUUGCUAGGUGCCAAUUGGGUCACAAACAACAUCAAUCCGGAAAACAAUCAUCGGUCUUCGUCACAGACUGCGUUCAUCAAUCCAUCUAUCGCGAACGCCUCAAUCACCUUGUAUCCUAACACUCUGGCUCGUCGCGUAGUCUUUGACGGCACGACAGCCACAGGAGUAGAAGUUACCACCGGUAGAGCAACCUACACACUUUCGGCACGGAAAGAGGUCAUUUUAUCUGCAGGAGCUUUCCAAUCUCCUCAACUGCUGAUGGUUUCUGGCGUUGGCCCAGAAGCCAGGCUGACAGAGCUCGGGAUUCCUCGCGUCCAUGCGCUUGAAGGUGUCGGCCAGAACCUCCAAGACCACCCAAUCUUCACCGUUUCUCAGGCUCUAAACAUCCCUACCUCAUCCCAAUGGAACAGCUUCAGUGCCGCGGGCUACGCCGAAGCGGAAGCACAGUACGUGUCUAAUCGUACGGGACCUCUGUCGCAGAACAAGGCCGUCAUCGGUUGGGAGAAGCUCCCAAAUCGCGAUGGGCUCUCCGAUGCCACCAAGACUGCUUUGGAUGCGCUCCCAGACGACUGGCCAGAACUCGAGAUGCGAGUUUCUCCCUAUUACCUUGGGGUCACCAAGCCAGACCCCGCUGCACAGUUCACGACUGUCUUCGGGACCAUCAUCUCACCCCUGUCGAAGGGUUCGAUUAACAUUGUCUCCAACUCGACCGAAGACCUCCCGGUUGUUGACCUCGCCUACUUCAGCGACCAAGGUGAUAUGGAACAGGCGAUCGCGGCUCUCAAGCGCAUCCGAGACCUUUACGCCAGCUCAUCCUUGACGUCUCUUCUGGAUGGGCCGGAGUUCGUGCCUGGCCCAAAUGUUACAGCCGAUGCUGACAUCGAGAACUAUAUCAGAGAAAAUACUGGUACGAUCUUCAACGCCGCAGGAACGACUAAAAUGGGCAAAGCAGACGACGCCAUGGCUGUGGUGGACCCGCAGUGUCGUGUGUACGGUGUCCAGGGGUUGAGAGUCGUCGACACAGGCAGCUUCCCGUUUGUCCCUCCUGGCCAUGCACAGAGCACUGCGUACAUGCUGGCAGAGAAGAUCGCCGAUGACAUCAAGAAUGGAAACUGA